AACGCGGAACCCAUUUAUCCUCUGACAAAACGGUCUCAGAAUGUCGACACUAUCUUGGAAGUUAGUCGCAAUCGUAUUGUGUGCGUAUCUGUUGGUGGCACAUGCGCGACCUCAGGCUCCUGAACAACCAGAACCGUAUGAAUAUCAAUACGAGGUUAAAGAUCCCGAAAAGGAAUUAUUUUUCAAUAAAAAUGAGGCUGGUGAUGCUCAAGGAAAGGUAAAUGGACAAUAUGCCGUCUGGUUGCCCGAUGGAAGAUUAAUGACUGUGGCCUAUACUGUGGAUGGUGAAAAUGGUUUCGUACCCAAGAUCACUUUUGAUACCAACAAUCCCUUGGGUUAAAUUUAGU